AUGGAGGCUGCUGCCACCCUGCUCCGGGCCCUGCUGCUCCUCGGGGGGCUCUGCUUCCCCCCUACCCUGGGGCUCCUCCAGGACCCCCCCACCGUGUUCGAGGGACCCCCCAACAGCUACUUCGGCUUCGCCCUGGAUUUCCACAUGACUGGGGACAGGCCCAGCGUGGUGGUGGGGGCACCCCGUGCCAACACCUCCCAGCCCGGCGUGCUUCAGCCUGGCGCCGUCUUCCUCUGCCUCUGGCCUCCCGACGACUCCCCCUGCCAGCUCCUGCCCAUCGACACUACAGGGGACGAGACCGAGGUGCAGAGCAGCCUGGAGCUCCACACCUACAAGUCCUACCAGUGGCUGGGCGCCACCGUCACCAGCUGGGAUGGCAAACUGGUGGCCUGUGCCCCGCUGCAGCACUGGAACGCCAUGGAAGGGCAGCAGGAGGCUUUCCGCACCCCCACGGGCAGCUGCUUCGUGGGUGCCCGCGGGCUGCAGCGCCUGGCCUGGUACUCGCCCUGCCGGGACCAGCUGAUGGCCAACAGCUACCCCCGGAGCGGCUACGCCUACGACCGGCGCUACUGCGAGAUCGGCUUCAGCGCCGCCGUCACCUCGGAUGGCACUCUGGUCCUGGGUGCCCCCGGCGGGUACUUCUUCAAGGGGCUGCUGUACCUGGUGGAGGUGGAUGCCAUCCUUGCCCGCUUCCAUGGCAACUCCCUGCUGUGGCCGGAGCGCCCAGGCCGCCCCACGCAGAUCCUGCUCUCCAUGGACUACAGCGAUGCCUACCGGGGGUACUCGGUGGCCGUGGGCGAGUUUGAUGGCAAUCCCCAAACCAAAGAGUUCGUGGUGGGGACUCCCAACAAGAGCAACACGAGGGGUGAGGUGGAGAUCUUCAGCAUGGGGGGGAAUCUGCGCCGGCUGUGGGGCAUCACCAGUGAGCAGGUGGCAUCGUACUUUGGGCACACAGUGGCUGUGGCUGACGUCAAUGGGGAUGGGCACCACGAUGUGCUGGUGGGUGCCCCCCUGUACAUGGCCUGGCACCCCAGCGGGCAGCGCAGCGAGCUGGGACGCCUCUACCUGUACCUGGGUGGGCAGCAGCAGCUCCUGCCCCAGCCCCACCAGACCCUGACCGGCACCCACCCCUACGGGCGCUUCGCCGCCGCCAUCGCCAGCCUCGGGGACCUGGACAAGGACGGCUAUGACGACGUGGCCGUGGGUGCCCCGUUGGGGGGUGAGGGUGGCAGCGGGCAGGUCUUCAUCUACCGCGGGCAGAGCGAGGGGCUGCAGCUGGAGCCCACCCAGCGCCUCGCCAGUCCCUUCCCCGGCCCUGCCGCCUUCGGCUUCGCCCUGCGCGGUGCCACUGACCUGGAUGGCAACGGCUACCCAGAUCUGCUGGUGGGGGCUUACGGGGCGGACAGGGUGGCCGUGUACCGGGGACUGCCAGUAGUGGUUGCCCGGACUCGGCUGAGUGUCCCCGACGGGCUGAACCCCAAGACUCUGGCGUGUGUCCUGCCCACUUCUGGUGCCCCUGUCAGCUGCUUCCCCGUGGUGCUGUGUGUCAGCGUGAAGGGCCAGCACCUCCCCCAGAGCGUCCCCCUCCACGCCGAGCUGCAGCUGGACCGUCUGAAGCCCAAACUGUCCCGAAGGGUCCUGCUGCUGCAGAGCCACCAACCGUCCUGGCACGGGGAGCUGGCACUGACCCCGGGGGCACCCCCCGUGUGCCACAACCUCACUGCCUACCUGCGGGACGAGGCUGAGUUCAAGGACAAGCUGAGCCCUGUGGCUCUGAGCCUGCGGCUGGCACUGCCCGAGGGGCCCGAGGGGCUGGUGCUCUACGGGGACACCUUGGUGCAGGAACAGACCCACCUCAUACUGGAGGACUGCGGUGAGGACAACCUCUGUGUGCCCGACCUGCACCUGGCAGCCGACACCCCCAGCAGGCGCCUGCUGAUCGGGGCCGAGGCUGCCCUGCACCUGCGAGCCAGUGCCAGCAACCAGGGCGAAGGAGCCUUCGAGACUGAGCUGCGGCUGCAGCUGCCCCCUGGCACCCACUACCAGGCAGCCCGCAGCAGCAUCCCGGGGCAGGAGAAGCUGAACUGCAACCCCAAGAAGGAGAACGGGAGCCACGUGGUGCUCUGCGAGUUGGGCAACCCUAUGAAAGCAGGUGCCCAGAUCACUGUGGACAUGGAGCUGAGUGUGUCUGGGCUGGAGGCCAUGGGCGAUGCCAUCACCUUCCACCUCCAGCUGCGGAGCAAGAACAGCCCCAGCUCCACCAACGCCUCGGUGACGGUGCCCGUGGAGGCAGAGGCGGUGAUGGAGCUGCGAGGCAACUCCCUGCCUGCCACCACGGUGCUGCCCACGAGCUGGCAGAGGGUGGAGGGCAGCCGGCGGCUGGAGGAUCAUGGCAUCAAGGUGGAGCACGUCUACCAGCUGCACAACAGAGGUCCCAGCACUGUCAGCGGCAUCAGCCUGCACCUCGCUGUCCCCAGCCGGCUGGGUGGCCGCAUCCUGCUCUACCUACUGGAGCUGAGCACCGAGGGGGGCAUGAACUGCACCAACCUGCCCGACCUCAACCCUGAGGAGCUGGAGCUCCCCCAGCCCACGGGCACAGCACCACACAAGGGCACCCACGAGCGGGAGCGCAGGGAGGUGGAGGAGCUGCCCUGUGCCAGGCUGGAGGAGCUCAUCCCCGUGGACUGCAGCAAUGCCACCUGCGUGAGCAUCUCCUGCUGGGUGCCCAGCCUGGCCAGGGACCAGCGGGCACUCGUGAGCGUCCAGGCCCUGCUCUGGAUGGACACCCUGCAGCAGAGGGAGCACCUCCUGAAGCAGUUCUGCAUCCGGUCCCGAGCUUGGUUCAACUCCUCGGCCAUGCCCUACCGCGUCCAGCCCCGGCUGCUGCCCGCUGGGGAGGCAUCGAUUGCCACCGAGGUGGUUCGUGCCAGCCCCGGGGGCGAAGGGGCCGUGCCAGUGUGGUGGGUGGUGCUGGGGGUCCUCGCUGGGCUCCUGCUCCUGAUGCUCCUCAUCCUCCUCAUGUGGAAGAUGGGCUUCUUCAAGAGGACUCUGCCACCCUCCGAGGAGGACACGCAGGAGCUGGUGCCAGGCCAGUCCCAGGAGCCAGAGGGAGCCCAGGGCUAG